UGUCACUUCCGCUAAAUUACUUCCUGUUGGUUGACUUCCGGUGUUCGUUUUAAAAGCAAGUCAUACAUGUUGCGGUCUUCUCUGCUCAUUUCUGUUGCCAUCCUACACAAAGCGCCGAGGAAGCAAUGCUGAACUUUCUGCAAAGUGUCAACAUCAACUGUUCUUUGUUGGACUUGCAACACGACCUCUGACGUCAUCGCAGGAAGUCGGACUGAAGGUCAGAUGUGGACAUUGUCGCACGUGUGUGUGUGUGUGUGUGUGUGUGUGUGUGUGUGUGUGUGUGUGUGUGUGUGUGUGUGAUUGUGUGUGUGUGUGUGUGUGUGUGUGUUAUAAACAACAUUCUGUAGUUUUUGUCAUUUUCAUUCUAUGUAUUUUGUGUAUUUGAUGUUACUGUCUAUCUGUGUUGGCCCUGUGAUGAUGUGGCGACUUGUCCAGGGUGUAAAUGCCUUCCGCCCGAUUGUAGCUGAGAUAGGGAAUAAGCGGUAGAAAUUGGAUGGAUGGAUGAUGUUAUUUCAUUUGAUGUCAGUUUUUGUUAUCGCGUUUUGUUGGAUGUUAUUUGGGACUAAAGCCAAAGGAGGAGGGCCAGCUUUUGAAGCCGCCCUCCCCUCCCUGACCACCAGAGGGCGCCACAGACUGUGGACAUUUUAUCCAAUUGUUCUCUCUUUGAUGUGUUUGUGUGUCUUUCAGUAUGUCGCACUUUAACACGUGCUGCCAAAUGAAAAGUGCAUUAAAACUAUUAUUAUUUUGUUUUAUCUAUGUCACAUUUUAUUUUUGGAUUUAAUUUGAUUUUAUUUUGUUUUGUUUUGUUUUGUCUCAUUGUAUUGUUUUGACCUGUUUUUGGAGACUGAAAAGUGCCUUGAAAGAACUUAGUCCAAGAUUUUAUUACAAAAUAGUCCAAAACAUUGGCUGAGUUGAUGAAAGAAGUGAAAGAGCCGGAAGCAAAAGUGCUGCUCUUGUAAGCGCCCCAAGGCAUCAUGGGUAGCAUUGUUACAGUCUCAUUGUUCUCCCCGGCUUACUCUGCUGACCGCUGGCUUUCAUGGCCGCCGGUCUUUGCCCCGCACUUCCUGUCCCUUCAAGUCUGUACAGUUCUGCGCGGCUCACGCCGCCUUCUUGGCGUGCAGGCCCAGCGCGCCGUGGACCAGGUACGGGAUGAUGCUGACGGUCGCCAUGGGCACGGUGGCGCUCUUGCAGAAGGAGAGCAGGUAGAAGAGGGCGGCGGUGUGCGUGGGCGGCUUGAAGGAGUCGAAGAGGUGCAGGAGCAGCAGGGAGGCCAGCACGCAGCCCGCCUUCGCCGGCGCGCCGCCGCUCCUCUUGGUCUCGGUGUAGAGCGGCGAGUUCAGGCCCAGGCCCAGGCCGAACAGCGUGCCCAUGUUGCGCAGGAGGCUGGCGAACGGUGUGCUGUCCAGGUGGACCCACUCGGCCCUCACGCACCACUUCUGGGCCUUCUCCAGCGUCCACAGGAGGUCCACGCCCACGGUCUUCAGCAGCAAGUAGAAGCCCACGGCCGAGGAGGUGAGCAAGAGCGUGGUGUAGAAGUACUUCUUCAUGCUGGCGCUGUAGAUCCACUGAGUCCUGCUGAAGGCCUCGGCCACGAUCAUGCCUGGGGUCCGAUGAGAGUCCCCGUCAACACCUACGGUCCAAAGUCUUCAUAGAGGGGUGCUACUGUCAGGUCUUACCUGUGAGGACACCAGCAACCACCUGGUGCGGGAAGUGGGCGGCGAUGAAGACCCUUGACAGACACACACACACUUGGACUCCCCAGAACAAGGUCCAAAGAAUGGCCUUCAGGUACCUACCACUGAAGACCAACAAAAUCAUUUUAGUAGCUGAAGAAAUCCUCCUGGAUUCCUGAGACCGAGUGCUUGUUGACAUGGAAGCCACUUGUCACUCAGUACAAGUGGACCCGGUCAAUGAUCAACCACGGCUCAGAACAGGUAGGAUGUCCAACGUGAUAAACUCGGACUCUGUCAACAGAUUGUUGUUGACCAGGGAUUAUUGGACUCACCUGUUGUUGGAGGACUUCCUGUGGCCGUGUUUCCUCUUGCUGGCCGUGAUGGCGAGUAUGGAGGUCACCAAGGUGUAGUAGACGCCCGCCGCUCCCAUGGCGUGGCCAGAGGGGCUGCCUGGGUAGCACAGGAAAGGUCUGUAGACCUAUGCCAUCUUUCUUCUCGAAGCUCAUUUUCCACGUUGCCUACCUGGGCCGGUCUCGCAGGUCAUGGGGUACUGUUCGAUGUGAGGGCGAGCACCGUUGGCAUAAUAGGGCGUCUCGUGGACCCACCAGUAAGGCCUCUCACCAAACAGAAUCCUGGAGACAGAAACCUGCACUUAGGGAUCCCGAAUCGCGGGCGAUGUCGUCCCGACUUACCAUUUGAACACCAAGUUGAGCCAGUCUCCGAUGACGGCCACCCAGAUGAGCUUGAUGCCCACCGAGGGCCGCAGGUGGAACCAGAGCGGGAAAAAGAUGAAGAAGGUGUUCCUGAGGUCCGCCGCCCAGGACACCCAGAGGAACAAGCCUUGGGCAUCCUGGUAGUUGGUCUGAAGGUAGCGGGUGCUGCUCACCCCAAAGUCCUGCAUGGCGUCCAUGACGGCAUCAAGCAUGGUCACGGCCAGGCGUGUGAGUGAGUCUACAGUGUCGGCGACACGGCCGCUUGUUUUUAUAGCCCGGGAGCCCACCAGCCAGACGCGUGCUCACGCUGAUCUUUGGACCUUGCACAUGUGUAAUAAAACACUGCGAGUUCGGCAGCUCCGGCACACAAACACGCGCUGCAGAUAGCAGUGGAAAAAACACAGCGUCCGAGUCCAUCACAUCUGGCAGAUUUACUGGAGGGAUGAGCAAACCACUUUUGUCCAAGGAACCAGGACACACCUUCUGAAUUCAUGCUCAAGGUCACCUUGCCACCUGCCACUUACAUAACUGCGGAGGAAACACCUCGGUGGUGCCGUGGAUUACAUAAACUGAUCAAUGAUUGAAUGAUUGCCCCUUGUCUGAUAAAACCUUCAAACCCAACCGGAGGCUCGGUCGGAAACUGCUCAGAUCAUAGUCCAUCUGGUUCAGGGGCGGGGGGGUCUUAGGAAAGACCGCAUCAGCAGCAUCCGUCUAAGAAAUCCAAAACUCAAGCGGAGUUCUCCUAACGCUCCACCGGUCAGUCGGAUUUCUCUAAUGAUGGAUUUUAGUAGGGGGGGGCCUGGCCGUGGGGGUGUAAAGGUUACGAACCCGUCAGUACCGUACCAAAGGCAAACAAGCCUGCUAGCCUUGAGUAAAGUCCAAUGGGGAUCACACACAGACAGAGCUUCCAGACCACAUCCUCCCCAGGGUCCAGUCUGCUAUCAUGGAUCUCAUCCACAGCUGGGGGGUCCAGCUGGCUCAGCACCUUCAGACCAACUACAGAGGACACCAGGCCUUGUUCGGUCUGGCCUCCACGGUGGCCGACUUGCACACCACUUUCUUCUUCUUCUUUCCCAUCUGGUUCCACCUGCACAGGGACACGGGGCUCCGGCUGGUCUGGGUGGCCGUCGUCGGGGACUGGAUCAACCUGGUCCUCAAAUGGGUUCUUUUUGGAGAAAGACCUUACUGGUGGGUUCACGAAACCCGCUUCUAUAGGCCCGGGCCGGCCCCUUCACUGCAUCAGUUCCCCAUCACCUGUGAAACUGGACCAGGGAGUCCCUCGGGCCACGCUAUGGGUGUCACGGGGGUCUGGUACGUGAUGGUGACCGCGCUGCUCGCCGUGGCCGCAGAGAAGCCAUGUUCGCCGUCGCUGUACAAAGUCCUGCAGGGGGUUCUGUGGGGCUUAAUGGGCCUCCUGGUGCUACUGGUCUGCAUGUCCAGGGUCUACAUGGCCGCCCACUUCCCGCACCAGGUGGUCGCUGGCGUCAUCGCAGGUGUGGUCGUGGCUGAAGUGGUGUCCCGGGUGAAGUGGAUCUACAGGUCUGGCUUGAGGACGUACACCUUCACCACGCUCUUCUUGGCCUCCUUCGCCAUGGGCUUCUACCUCUUGCUGAAGGCUGUGGGCGUGGACCUCCUGUGGACUCUGGAGAAGGCCCAGCGCUGGUGCGCCAAGGCCGAGUGGGUUCACCUGGACUCUACGCCCUUUGCCAGCCUCCUGCGCAACAUGGGCAGCCUGCAGGGUCUGGGACUGGGUCUGGGCCUGGGCCCGGGCUCGCCCAGGCCUGGUGCCGACGCCGAGAAGAGGAGCAGCACCUCCAAGGCUGGGUCCAUCGUUGCCUCGUUGGCGCUGCUCCGUCUCUUGGACGCUUGGACAUUUUCCUCCGAGAACCUGGUGGCGUUCUACGGUUUGUCUUUCGGUAAAAGCGCGGUUGCACUUUUAAUCCCGACCACUUUGGUUCCUUGGGCUCUCCGGGGAAGGCGAGAAGAAUUUGUGGUUGUUGGGCGGGAACAAAAAGAUCUUUAAAGGUUUCUGAAGAGGAUGUGGACUUUAAGGGCAACACUGCCGUGCUAUUUUCAAUCAUUCUGGUCCUUUUUCUACAAGCCGACUCUUCGCAGGAUUCAGUUUUUGGCGUUCUUCACAAUUUUGGCCCAGUUUUUGGUGUGAGGUCUUGGUUAUCGGCUGAACAAACUUCCGUUUACCCGUGCAUCAUUUUGUGGAAUGUCCACACAACGUAAAAAACCAACCUUCUAAAGCAAGUAUGCUGCAAAAUAAUCCACCGUAGGGCCAAAUAGAGUUGUGAGUGUCAGCAGUUUGAUAAAGAAAGUGAGAAACACAAUUGAACUUGUAGCAAAGCUCUUUGUCAUCAGUGUGUUCAAUAAAGCCAGAAGUCAUGUGAAAAAGUCAUGUCUUCAUCAUGACCAUCACUAAUAAAACCAGCACUAGUCUCUAGAAAA